AUGCCCUCAUCGUCGGCAGAGGCACUGGGUCGCUUGGCUGGGAGAGGUGAAGAAACAUGGUCGGCAGUGGAACGGUCGGUGGAAGAAUUCGUGAAGAGAGUCAACAUUCCCAUCAACAGCACCACGCCUCCAGCUCUUCAGGAUGCGAUCCAACAUGAUCCUUUCCACGCGGCGGGAAAGUAUGGCCUCUUGUUUGUUUACGUGGGCAUCAUCCUGGUGGUCGCGACGACAUUAAUGCGCAUGUACUACUAUUGGGGCGACAAAAUCCGGACUGCUCUCUACAAAGAAGAACUCAUCAAUUCCGCCUCCGCGUCAAGCCCGCCGGGAUUGUCACCGCCACUUGGGUAUCCAGGAUACCAUGGCUAUAUGGACAACGAGUUACCGAGCGCCAUCAGCGCCAUGACCGAUGGAUCGACCAGGCACUUUUUUCCAUCCCAGGGCCCGUUGCCAACAGAGAAACCGAAGCAGCAAGCAGCUAUGUCCGCAAUCGCACCCCUUAACAACACCAUCGCCUUCUUCAGAUGGAUCUUCUACCGGCCUGUGCCAGCUCUACGUAUGGGCAAGUUCAAGUUCACGUUCCCAUCUUUGGGGGUUCUGGCCAUCAUGGCCAUCUGUCUGGCCGCCUCACUCCUCUACUGCUUCUUGCCGCGACCGCUCUUCUAUGCAUCGAUGGCGUAUGGGUCACCUCCCGUGGCGGUCCGAGCUGGUAUGAUGUCCGUCUCCCUGCUCCCAUGGGUGGUCGUUUUGGCCACCAAAGCAAACCCGAUUUCAAUGCUGACAGGCAUCGGUCACGAGCGACUGAUUGUUCUUCAUCGCUGGACGGCGUACCUUUGCACUGCUUUUGCCAUCAUCCAUGCCGUUCCCUACUGGUAUCAGUCUGUGUCCGAUCCCGACGGCUAUGCGACAUUCAAGUUGUACUUCCACCAGCGAUACUAUGUCUUCACCACUGGGAUUGCCGCCAUCGCUCCCCUGAUCUUCCUGACGCUGCAUUCACUCCCUUUUCUGCGAGCCAAGAUGUACGAAUUGUUUGUCCUGCUCCACAUUCCCGUCGCGUGGGCCUUCAUUGGUCUGAUGUUCUGGCAUUGCCACAACUACUUGACCUCCUGGGCAUAUCUCUACUCAACCGUGGUCUUGAUGGCUGUUUCUCUGUUUGCCCGUCUCUUCUUCCUGAACUGGAUGAACCCUCUGCGAUCGUCGUGGCUGAUUGGAGAAGAAUCAGCCGUGACCAUUUUGCCCGAGAAUGCCGUCAAAGUCACAAUCCCUACCCAGAAAAGAUGGCGGCCUGGCCAGUACGUCUAUCUGAGGAUGCCAGGUAUCGGAGUGUUGGAGAACCACCCGUUCACCAUUGCCUCGCUGUGCAGUCUCGACUUCCCUUCCGAAUAUGGCGAACAAUACCGAGACAUGACCCUGGUGUUCAGACCGUUCAGCGGGUUCACUCGCAAGGUGCUCGACACCUGCAUCAAGAAAGGACCUUACAAGACCUACAGGGCUUUCGUCGAAGGUCCGUACGGAGGCAUGCAACGGCAAAUGGCCUCUUUUGAUCAGGUCGUGUUCUUCGCUGGAGGCAGCGGCAUCACAGCCAUUGCCAGUCAGCUCCUGGACUUGAUCAAGCGCAUGCGUGAUGGCAAGGCCACCACAUCCAAGGUGCACGUCAUCUGGGCCAUGAAACGUCCGGAUAUCAUGGAAUGGUUCAAGGAAGAGCUUCGCAUCUGCCGAGAAUGCGCUCCACCGGGGUCGGUGCAAUGUCACUUCUUCAUCACCGCCGCCAGACGCCAGAUCCCCGUACCCGGGCCGGACGUCAAAGAACACCGCCUUAGCGGAAUCCGGGACAAGAUCACCGACGCCAUCCACCAUGCCGGAGCCAGCAGCAAACGGAACUCUGCGCUGGCGGCGGAGCAAGAACCGGAUCUCAAACGAGAAUUCGAAGACAGCAUCACCGCUCUACCACAGGCCUACCUCUCACCACCUCGGCAUCCAGCGCCUCCUGGCGCAGAUCUCCAUCAGACUUACUAUCCACCUCCUCCUGGUGCACAGGCCCAUCAGGCUCACUAUCCUCCGCCUCCACCCAGGGAUCAUCGCAUGUCGACAUUAUCCCAAGCCCAGGUCGACGCCACCCGUGCCUUUGACUUCGGCUUCCCGCAGACCCCGACCAAAUUUCAAAAGAACCUAAUGCGUUUCGCAUUUCUUCCUACAAACGUCACCUCAAAUCGCCGGGAUGGUUGGCAUACGGAGUACGGGCGUCCUGACAUUCCUUACAUGCUGAAAGGCCUGAGUAAGGAUUUUGGCAGGCGAACCUGCAUCUAUGUUUGCGGACCUCCCGAGAUGAGGACCGAUGUGGCGAACACUGUCGCCAGACUGCAGAGCGAGGUCUGGAGGGAUCCGGGGAAGGACGAGAUCUUUCUCCACGCCGAAAAUUAUGCCAUAUAA